CUGGUGAAUUACAAACACGGUUAUCUCAACUUCACCCUUACCUCUUCCUUUCUUUCCCCAUCCAUCUAGGAUGUCUUCGCGCAGCCCUCUAUGGAUCUUAUAAUCGGCAAGUCUUAAUUCUAUCGCACGGCCUAAGGAAUCGUCAUGAAUACUCGUCUCUUAAUAUGAACUUCGAUUACACUCCUUCAACUUGGUCGCUCGUCGCCUAAUAGCCGGAGCCUCUGCCGCCCUGUGCCGCGCGACACAAGAAUGUUAUAAUACUCGAUCCUAAUACCUGGCGCGUCAUAAUGAAGAGCGCCACCAACCUUGUCUCUCGCAUAGCCUACAAUUCCAUCUAUCUUCUAUUAUGUCUUCUUCUCGCCGCUUUAUUUCUUGUCGUUCCCGGCGAUUUUAUCCGCCAGGAUCUGUUUUCCUCCGGCCAAUACAUCAACUUAAUCGUCCUCGCGAUUGUCUUUGUCCUUACCGUACUAAUCGUUCUGUUCAUUUACAUCUUGCGACUUUAUGUUACCCGGACAGUACUGGCUUCGAUACCCAAAACCUGGAUACCCAUUGAGAAGGGAGAUGUCCCUAAGGAGGUCCGCGAAGUGAUCGCUACCGAUCUUGGCCGCAGUGCUGCCAUCGCGUUAGGGGCGCAUCCAAAGGUCAUAGCGCCGGUAAUUCGAGCGACAUCACUAGAAGAUGUAGCAGAGGAAGGGGUUACAACCGAGGGGAAUAUAAAGAAGCCAAGAAGAUCUUUUCAGUUAUUUAAGCCGAAAUCGCCCGCAACAGUAGAAGAGCAGCUGGGUAUCUCAUUUCCUCCCUUGCGCCCCGUUUGGGGUGAGAUUGGGCACGACGGCUGGGGUUCACCAAGCUCACCAGAUUUGCCCAAUGUUCAAUAUAGCACAGUCCUCUCCGAGUUGCCGAACCUGAUUGAAGCUAAGGCGGUCUCUCAGGCGCCAAUGGAUCCGACCUCUGCUAUGAACCCCCCAAUGUUUGAUGCAGACUCUGUUUCUCUCCUCCAGCGCCGUUCUAACAUGACGAUGAGGGACUACGUCAUGCAUCUCAUUAGCGUUGGCGUGCUGUUGAGUUCCCAAGAGGUGUUUGAGUUCCUUGAUAGCUAUGAGCGUGCCCGCUUCUCCACUCGCCCCAUGUCUAAUGCACACUUCCGGCAGCUAAUGCAUCUUUUCGCCGAGCUUCUACGUGCAAUGCAACCUCUGGACGCAGCCUCUUUAUACGAACCUCGCAGUCCUAACGACGCUUACUCUGAAAGCGACGGGCAUAUCGACGAUGACGCCCCUCGGGACACCAACCCGACUACACCUGCGCGGAGCGGGUCAAGUUCCCUUAGCCUCAGCGGGAGCACGCGCUCGCGUACCCGUAGGCUGACCUUGCCGGACCGCAACUCUUCAACCCAUACCUGGCACCAGUAUCGUACCGCGCCGACGACGCCGAGGAGUAAAUUCGGUGGUAGGAGGACAUCGCAGUCUACCAGCUCAAGUAACGGGGGGAGUUUCGCGCAAACGAAGCGACCAUAUCCUGCCAGUCGAACAUCGAGCGCAAGUUUUAGGUCCGCUUCCCAGUCUUCUAUUAUCCGGCUUGCGACAAGGGAGGACCGCGGUGACCUACCAUAUGUACUAAGAAUCGGAGAGUCAUUCUAAACCCUAGCGCCUGUACUAUUAUGCGGGGGAAAGCAUUGAAAAUGGAUAGUUGCAUAGUGCCGGCGUUACGCUGGGAUCACGGUUUGUAUAUGAACUUUUUGAUAUCUAAUUUAAUGUUUUCAUUAUCAGGUGAUAUCCCAUCAGGCCAACGUUGCGAUGCAUACGUACAUUCCCCCCCCCCGAUGAGAUGUGGCUCACCAUA